GAGGUGGGGCGGGCUGCAGCCGCCGACGGUGGCGGCGGCCUAGGCAAUGCCGCUUCUGGUGGACGGGCGUCGAGUGCGGCUGCCGCGGUCUGCUGCGGAACUGGUUCGAGCGCACCCGCUGCUGGAGGAUGUAAAGCUCCCAUCUGCUGCUCCAGCACCAUGCCUGUCGGCGUCCUGAUAUAAACCACCCCUCUAAAACUGAAAGAGCCAGACUUCUCAGAGGUCAGUCUGUUCAACAAGUGGGACCCCAGGGCCUUCUGUAUGUUCAGCAAAGAGAGCUUGCAGUGACCUCCCCAAAGGAUGGCUCCGUCUCCAUUCUGGGUUCUGAUGAUGCCACUACUUGUCACAUUGUGGUCCUGAGGCAUACAGGUAAUGGGGCGACCUGCCUCACACACUGUGAUGGAACUGACACCAAAGCCGAAGUCCCCUUAAUAAUGAGCUCUAUAAAAUCCUUUUCUGACCAUGCUCAGUGUGGAAGGCUGGAAGUGCACCUUGUGGGAGGCUUCAGUGAUGAUAGGCAGCUGUCACAGAAACUUACUCAUCAGCUUCUUAGUGAAUUUGACAAACAAGAUGAUGACAUUCACUUAGUGACAUUAUGUGUGACAGAAUUAAAUGACCGGGAAGAAAAUGAAAACCACUUUCCGAUCAUUUAUGGCAUCGCUGUCAACAUUAAAACUGCAGAGAUUUACAGAGCUUCCUUUCAAGAUCGUGGCCCAGAAGAGCAGCUUCGUGCUGCAAGAGCUUUAGCAGGAGGCCCGAUGAUUAGCAUUUAUGAUGCAAAGACAGAACAACUUCGAAUAGGCCCGUAUUCCUGGACGCCAUUUCCACAUGUGGAUUUCUGGUUGCAGCAAGAUGACAAGCAAAUACUAGAGAACCUUUCUACUUCUCCUCUGGCCGAGCCCCCCCACUUUGUUGAACAUAUUAGAUCUACCUUGAUGUUUUUAAAAAAAUUCCCAUCUCCAGCAAAUAUACUGUUUCCUGGAAAUAAAGCUCUCCUCUACAAAAAAAAUGAAGAUGGUUUAUGGGAAAAGAUCUCUCCAGGGAGCUAACACCAGAGUUACCAGAGAACACACUGUUUGGCUCAGCAGAUCAUUGGCAGUUUGGAAUCUACGUCUGUGCAGUUUUACUUCUUCCUUGCUUACUGUCUUUCAAAAUAAAAUCUUAUUUUGGCAAAGGCA